AUGCUCGUCCCUCUCAUCAGCAUAUUCUUCACGCUGACCAAGGUCAAAGGAGACCUUACCGAACUGCAGUACUUAAACGAACUGCCUCUAGACAAACUCCUAAGAUUGAAAUCAUCACUGCAAGAGUUAGUGACUACAUACGAGAAUGUAACCACAACCCCGACGUAUUCGCAGAGUUUCGGAGCGCAGGCAUUGGCUUUGAACGCGCCCCCGCCGGUGAAAAGACUGGAUUACGAAAGCCUGCAUUACAAGAAAGAAGGUCAGAGCAAAUUGAGUAAGCUGUUCACUGUAUCAGUGACUGCUCUGGCUUUUUUAGCUUUUGGGGGCUAUUUGCUGUGUCUGAUCGUGCAAGCCGUGAAGGCUAAACAGAGCUAUAAUCCGUCGACGGUCAAUCCAACUUUCCUCAUAAGUGCUGGGAUGAAAAAGAAGCCUCAGAGCCAGAGCCAAUUUGCGUCGUACGGAAGAACGAAGAGGGAUAACUAUAGUUCGAAUCGCGUAGAUCUCCCAGCGGAACAAAUGUUUGAGCCCCUUCCCCUGGCUCGCGUGUUGGGGGUCCGGGGCCCCGCGGCGCUUGCUUUAUCGCACGCAGCGCCGCGCCGGACGUCCCUCGCGCCCGCGCAGCGCCCCGCUCGUUCGCUCCGGUAG